UUACCUGAAGUGCUCCCCUCAAGGGAAAAUCUAUUCAAGAUAACAUCACAUGAAGAUUGUAGUUUCCAGAGGGUUGGCGACAGGUUAUCAGUCGACUUCACACAUCCGAUGGCAUAAGUUCAAUUAUUCGAAAGCUGACAAUAUGGAAUCAAGACUAGACUUACUGGGAAUAUUGUCUGUUUUACCAUUUCUUGAUCCGUGUCACAGCCUUGGUUUCUGUUAUAAUAAGACUAUUUCACCAGGGUCUGUAGACGUCAAGCCAAUCAACUAUAAAAUAAGAAGCUUUGUGUCAUUAAACAACGCUGACUGUGCUAAGGAAUGUGCAUACGAAGAGGAGUGUCUGGCGUUCUUUGUAGAAAACAGUACAGGGUUGUGUACCCUCAGCUCUCGUCCCCUGAGUAGUUUGACCAUGCUGGACGAUGAUGGUUGGUUUGGUUAUGACUUCACUGAUGGAACUCGGAUCCCUGCUCCGACUGCGCAACCUACAGAACUCUGGAUAGAUUCCGUCACGGAAUUUUCAUCUGAGUAUGAUGUUGCCCAUGGCGCAGCUAAAAUAACAGGAGCGCCGGACGUGUACCCCAAUUAUGGUGAUUUGGCGGGAAAUUGGGCAUCGAAAAACUGGAGCAAGGGCGAUGAGUGGAUCAAGGUAAAGAUUGCCCAACUGAUGUUCAUCCUCCAGAUUGACGUUUAUGAGACUUAUAAUGCAGGAGGUAUAAAGGAGAUCUCAGCGAAGAGACACACCGGAACCUGGGGUGUUAUAUGGACCACGCCUCAGUUGAUUAAGAUCACAACAAGCAGGAUUAACUCGAUAACGCCACAGAUUAAUUAUGCGACAGACCAGUUAUGGAUAACUACUAGUGGUACCGCUGCGCAGUACUGGGUCGAACUGGAUGCGGUCAAGGUCAUCGGGUGGCCCGCCUAAGAUAAUUUACCGUGACUCUGUGUUAGAAAAGGUGUUCUGUUCCUAUAAGCCGCAGAACCCGUGCAUUUCAUUACUUUAUACCCUGCAGACGUUAUUGAAAGUUAACAUAUCGUUUUUAUUGGUUUCCACAGAGUCAGUGGAUGCACCAUUGUGUCACUGGCUUUUCAACCCGUGAAGAUCCGACGUAGAAUAGGUCUUCAGCAACCCAUGCUUACCGUAAAAGGCGACUAUGCUUGUAAAAGGCGACUGACGUAAUCUGGUGGUCAGGAUC